AUGUCACUACAUCAGAGUGCCGAAGCUGGCAACAAGAAUGAAGUUGCAAGAUUGAUUGGAGAGGGCGCCGACGUUAAUAUACCAGAUCAGUCGAAUAGGUCACCGUUGCAUUAUGCAGCGAUCGGUGGUUAUACAGAGAUUGUGGCAUUGCUGCUGGCCAAGAACGCCACGGUCAACUGCCAGACGAACCGCGGCGCCACACCACUGCACUACGCCAGCAGGAGUGGCAGGAUCGAGUGCGUGGCGCUGCUCCUGGACAAUGGCGCCGACAUCAACUGUCGCGACAACUCCAACGCCACGCCACUGCACGCCGCCAUCACCUGUAAAGAGAACAAGACUGCCCUGGCACUGAUCAACAACUACAACGCCGAUGUCAACGUGCAGAACAAGGAUGGCAGCACGCCCCUACAUCUAGCAGCCUCCCAAGGCUUCCGCGACGUCAUCACCUGUCUCAUCGAGAAGGGUGCCAAGAUCGAUGCUCGCGACAACAAAGGUGACACUGCAUUCUCUACCAUCCCCUUAGUUGAGCCAAGCAAAGAGACAUCAGACGUAUCUGUUGGCAAGACUAUUAGUGGGGACAUUGGAUCAUUGAUGCCAACAUCAACAUCAUCAGAGACAACCAGUGGUGGUCAACAACAGAAUGGUGACACGACGAUGGGCGAGGCCGAUGAGGACAACACACCAACCGCCAGUCUAUACUCUGACAUCACUCUGUUGGUGGAGGGCGGACGCAAGCUUCAGGCCCACAAGUGUAUCCUCGCCGCACGUAGCGCCCACUUUAGAAAGCUGCUAAAGAAGCACACUGGACAGGAGCUAGAGAUCAAGGAUACCUCAUAUGAGCUACUUCAAUCAAUCAUCGAAUGGAUAUAUAAAGACUCUGUCACUGCAAUGAAGCAAUCAGACUAUGUAGACUUGACAUUCUGCAUGCAACUGUUGGCCGCCGCUGAGAGAUACUCGAUCAAACCUUUGGUACAACAGUGCGAGCAGUUUUUGAUUGGCAAUCUGUCGACUACGUCGGUCGGCUCGGUGUGGACUGAGCUCAAGAAGUCGUCGAGCAUCCGUAGUCAGUGCCCCCAGCUGACCAAGCACUGCGCACACCUCCUGUGCAAGAGCUGGAACGUGUUGGGCGUCACCAAGUCAGUCAACGAUAUGACCAAGCAAGAGAUCCUCGAGAUGGUCAGCCUGCUCAACAUCCAGCUCGCCGAACAGGCCGCCGCAGAGAGCGCCGCCAACCAACAGCCAGCCGCCGCCGCUGCCGCCGCCGCACCCGUCGCAGCCGCCCAGACCCCCUCCUCCAAGACCAAGUCGGCCAGCACAAGGAGUCGCGCGUCGACCACUGCCACGCCCCCUCCCAAGGCCUCCUCCACGCCCCAGUCCAAUCGAUCGGCCACCAAGGCGCCACCAUCACCGCCAACCAGCGACAAGAUGGACCAGAAGAACUUGGAGAUCUGUAAAAACAUCACUCAACAGAUACACAAGAAGAAGGCGGCAGAGAUCUUCCACUUCCCCGUCGACCCAGUUGCCUACAACAUCCCCAACUACUUUGACAUUAUCAAACAUCCAAUGGAUCUCAGCACAGUCCAGAAAAAUCUAAACAACAAUCAUUACAAGACUAUUAAGGAAUACGCUGCUGAUAUGAGAUUGAUGUUUGAUAACGCCAUGUUGUUCAAUGCAGAGCAGUCACCAGUGUGGAAGUACUCUAAACAGCUGAUGUCCACAUUUAACAAGUUGUUUGUGGAAACAUUCACGUUUGAGACCAUCCCACCACCCAAGGUCAUAGUCCAGGAGCCUUUGCCUGCCCCGACAGUCGAGGCAGAGAAGAAGAGGAAAUCGACGAUGGAGCCAUCCAAGGCUGAGACUGCCACACCAACCAAGACAGUAGAGGCAUCCACCAAGUCGGAGACUCCUGCCACCAAGAAAUACACCGAUGAGGACAGGAAGUCAUUGAUGGAGAAGAUCAACCAGCUGCCAGAGACUCAAUUGCAGACUAUUUUGGAAAUCAUUGAUCCAAAGGCCAUUAAGACCAAUGAUGAGGGCGCUGAGAUCGAUAUGUAUGAAGUUGGUGAUGCCAAUCUUGCCCAACUCGAGGAGUUUAUCAAUAUGUGCAUGAAGAAACAAAAGACAGAGCAAUAG